CUACAUGCUUGCCUCCUCUCUAUAAAGACCCCAGCGUCCUUCCGAGUUCUGCAUCACAGCAAGCUCUAGCCAAAAUCAUCAGAGAGCAAGGUGUCCGCCUUCUCUGACCACAGCUCACCAGUUCAUCAAGUUAACUUGUAGCCAUGAGGACCGUAAGCCAGAGCAAGCAGAAGGGGAAGGUGGCCAGAGCCCUGAAAGAGCACAGAGCCAGGCUCUACAUCAUCCGCCGGUGCAUCGUCAUGCUCCUCUGCUGGCACGACUGAACUCCGGCCAGCGUUUUCCUCCAUGGAAUCUGUCAAGGGUCCAUGGGGAGGUUACACACUAGUAGCUAGGCAACUGCUAGUCAGGACUCAGGACUCAGGAGUAGAACUAGGAAGGCACUCUCAUGGCUGUGCCAGUUUUGCACUAAGCAAGCUCGGCAGGCUGAGACAUUCUAUCAUUUGUUUCAAUAUACUUGCAACUUCUGCUCUCUCUUUUUUUUCUCCACACUUUUUACCUUCUGCUAUCCAGAUAGCAGCGGGAUAUGGUGGCUUACCAUUUUUUGUACAUGCUAUGUAUUGUAGCUCGAUGUCUACUUAGAAAUGAUUCAGUUAAUUCAAACAGAGUUA